AUGCAGACUUCCUACUCCUUCAUCACCGUCUACAAGCAGCGCAUCGCGGCUAUCGAUCGCGCCAUCCAGCAUGGCGCUCGCCCGGGCCCAAACAACCAGCGCGGACAUGGUCCAGUCGAACACCGCAAGCUCACGCAACGAUUCCGCCAAUUCUUGGCUGACGAAGACAAGUUUUGGGCGCAGUUCGCCGCUCGCUUCCGCCGGGCAUUCGCCCUUCGGGAGGCCAAUCACGCAUUCCUCGAACUCAAGCUGGCUACGCAAGAUGAACUCGAAGGCAAGGAGGACGCUCCGCCACCGACAGCGCGGAACCAGCAUCACUUCCCCGAUCCCCCACCGUACACCGAGCCGAUGACGGACGAGCAACGCCACAGUCGGCUCUCGAUCCUCAGCAAGGCAUUGAUAUGCAUGGGAGACAUUGCACGCUAUCGGGAGCAGUACAACGAGAGCGGGGGGCGCCCGCGGGCAGGCCACGAAGAGCACGAGCUGUUAGCGCCGCUUAAGCGCGAGCGUGGCGGACGGCGGGGGCGGAACAAGGAACCCAACCUGGAACGGCGGCCGCGAAACUAUGACCGGGCCCAGUCGUGCUACGAGCACGCGCGACGUCUGGUCCCCGACGAUGGCAACCCCUCUCACCAGAUGGCGAUUAUCGCCUCGUACCAGAAUGACGUCUUCUCGUCCGUCGUGCACUACUAUCGGGCGCUUUGCGUGCGCCAACCGUACGAGCCGGCGGCGGAUAAUCUGGCGACCGUGUUCAAUAAGGCUUUGGAUCAGUACAAGCGACGCAGGCAGCAAGAGCACGAGAAGAACGAGAAGAAGCAAGAGGAAGGCGACGUCAAUAUACGUGCGCGAAUUGAAGGCUUUAAGGAAAAGAUCGUGGUUAUUCAUGCUCUUUGGCGUCAUACUCUUUCGCGCAAUGGAUCAGAGAAGAAACUAACCUCUUCCGCCUGCACUGACUUCCACUUCCUUAUUUCUCAGCGCCAUCUUCCGCCCGAUGUGAUCGAAGACGUCAUGAUUCUCGCCCAAGCCGCCCUCUGGAAGCACCGCAUGCUCCGCGACAAGACCUCGUCCUCUGAGAUGACCGAGUACCGCAUCUUCGCUCACCUCUUGCUCAUGCAUCGCACGCUCCUUGAAGUCGGCAUCGAUGAGCUCAAGGACGCCACCGCCAGCGCUCCCUCCCCUACCGACCUCGCCCAGCGCAUCACAGGCGAGUUCCGUCGGACGCUGUCCGCCUUGCGCAUUGCGAGCAAGUGGCUGCAGGCGAACUACGCGUACGUGAUGAAGAACUGGAACCCGCAAUGCGUCGCGGACGCGCGCAAGAUGGGCCGCGGCGCGCGCGAGCGGGACAAGGACAACAAGAAGGGGAGCACGAUGCUCGUGAAGUUCUGGCAGAAGUACGCGGACUUCUCGCGCGCGUUGGCGCGGGCGUUCCCGGAGAAGGAGCUACCGAAGUUGACGGUCGCAUUGGAGGAGGAUGUGGACAUGCGCGGGUUCCUGCCGUUGAAGAAGCAGAUGGAUGGACAGGGGGUCGGUGCGUUCGAGGAUCAGGCGGCGCAGGAGCAUCCGAAUGUGCUGCAGUUGAUGCGCAUAUCGGACCUGUUGGCAGAUGCACGGGCGCUGGCGAAGCGGGAGGAUGCGCCGAUCGCCUUGUACGGCAAUCAAUUUGCUCUCAAAGGUGUCGAAUCGCAGGCCGCGGAUGAAGUCAGCGGAGGGAGCUCGUCGGAGAACGGGGCCCUCACCACCAACGUUCCGCGCUCCUCCGUGCAAGAGAUCGAGGAAGACCUGCCCGAGGGCGUCAGCGUCAACGACGACGAAGUCGUCCGGAAAGCGUUCGAUCACCUCAACACGACGGAAGAAGAGAUGGACGUGGAUGACGAAGAACAGAUUGUCUGGGACCCCAGGUACGCGACCAUGGCGCCCAUCGGGAGUCCGAUCACGCCCCUCAGGCCCAUCUCACCAACGAAGGAUUCGUCAGCGGACAAAGGCUUCUCGCUCUUCCCAAGCCCGCCA